GAGCGGGAGGAGGAGGCAGCGGAGGGAGCCGGGCGCCGGAGCCGGGCCCCGCCGCAGGGACAUGGCUCUGAAAGUUAAAUGAAACCAAGAAAACAUACUAAUAGAGUGUUGUUACAUAUUCUGGGAAGAGCAUAUCAGAAAAUAAGUGAUCAACUGGAUUUGGUAACCAGUCAUAAUGAAGAAAAUUAGUCUUAAGACCUUUAGGAAGUCUUUUAACUUGAAUAAAAGUAAGGAAGAAAAUGAUUUUGUGGUAGUACAACAACCAUCACUAACCACUGACUUUGGAAAAGAUGAUUCCUUGUUUAGUAGCUGCUAUGGUAAAGAUUUGGCCAGCUGUGAAAUCAACAGUGAAGAUGAGAAAAGUGGGAAAAAUCGAUCCAAAAGUGAAAGCUUAAUGGGUACAUUAAAAAGGCGACUUUCAGCAAAACAAAAGCAGAAAGGUAAGGGCAGCCCACCAUCUGUGAACUCUGCAGAUGAGGACACCUUCUCUUCUUCAUCAGCUCCAAUAGUCUUUAAAGAUGUAAGAGCUCAAAGACCAUUAAGGUCAACAUCCCUUCGUAGUCAUCAUUAUAGUCCUACUCCAUGGCCUCUUCGUCCAACAAAUUCAGAGGAAACCUGUAUCAAAAUGGAAGUAAGAGUCAAGGCUUUGGUUCACUCCUCCAAUCCAAGCCCAGCACUGAAUGGCGUUCGAAAAGAUUUUCAUGAUUUGCAGUCUGAUAGUGUGUUCCAAGAACAAAACAGUACAUUAAAAAGUACAGAAUCUCAAAAUGGAGACCUGCAUCUUCACAUUGAUGAUCAUGUGCCUGUAGUUAUUGGACUUAUGCCUCAGGACUACAUUCAGUAUACUGUGCCUUUAGAUGAGGGAAUGUACCCUUUGGAAGGAUCACGUAGUUAUUGCCUGGACACUUCCUCUCCUAUGGAAGUUUCAGCUGUUCCUUCUCAAGUAGGACGGAAUUCAUUCCAUGAGGAUGAGAGCCAGGUAGACCAGGACAUAGUAGUUGCCCCAGAUAUCUUUGUGGAUCAGGCAGUUAAUGGCUUGUUGAUUGGCACCACAGGAGUCAUGUUGCAAAGCCCAAGAGUUAAUCACAGUGAUGUCCCUCCACUCUCACCAUUGCUACCUCCAAUGCAGAAUAAUCAAAUCCAAAGGAACUUUAGUGGACUGAACGGCACAGAUGCACAUGUGUCUGAAAGUAUGCGUUGCCAUUUGAAUUUUGAUCCUAACACUGCUCCUGGAGUUGGAAGAGUUUAUGACUCUGUACAAAAUAGUGGCCCUAUGGUUGUAACAAGUCUCACAGAGGAACUGAAAAAACUUGCAAAACAGGGAUGGUACUGGGGACCAAUUACACGCUGGGAGGCAGAAGGAAAGCUUGCAAAUGUGCCCGAUGGUUCUUUUCUCGUUCGUGAUAGUUCUGAUGACCGUUACCUUUUAAGCUUGAGCUUUCGCUCCCAUGGUAAAACACUUCACACUAGAAUUGAACAUUCAAAUGGUAGGUUUAGCUUUUAUGAACAGCCAGAUGUAGAAGGGCAUACUUCAAUAGUUGAUCUAAUUGAACAUUCAAUCAGGGACUCUGAAAAUGGAGCUUUUUGCUAUUCACGGUCUCGGUUGCCUGGAUCUGCAACCUACCCUGUCAGACUGACCAAUCCUGUAUCACGGUUCAUGCAGGUACGUUCAUUGCAGUACCUGUGUCGUUUUGUCAUACGUCAAUACACCAGAAUAGACUUGAUUCAAAAACUGCCUUUGCCAAACAAAAUGAAGGAUUAUUUACAAGAAAAGCACUACUGAAAGCUUAUGGGAAUCUUGCAUCUUGCACUUUGGGAACAAGAAAAAGAGAUUGAAAUACAGUUUACAAACUUUCAUUGCUAUCAGAAUCUUUUGCUGCCAUUAACUAUUUCAGUUUUAUGUGUAAACAAGAGUAAUGCAUUGUUUAUUUGGGGACGGGAGGUGUUGGCAAGGUGUCUUAAAUUUAUUUUUUGCUUUUUAAAGGAAAAAUCUUGAGGUUUUUAGAAGUGUGAAAUCUUUCAUCAAUGUGCAGAAUAAUCACAAUGUGAAUUAUCAGAUUAUACUUAGUUUCCCCUUCAAAUCCUUUGCUGCUAUCCACUGUGAUUUUUUUGCAUUAAAAGCACAUUUCAUGUGUAUUCAACCAUAAGUAAAAUUGAAUUAAACUUUUUACUCAUCUCUUCAAAAAGACCCAUUUUCAAAAGAAUCUUUAAGAAACUGGUUUAAAAAAAUUAAAAUUGGCAUCAGUAUCUUAUCUCAUGCUUUUGAAAAGUACUCUUAAUUUGGAAUAUAUAAAAUUAUAUAACUUAAGGUAAAUGGAACAUAGAUAAUGAAGCGUGUCUUUUGAAACAGUCAUUUUUUAAAAAUUAUCUCUGAGUUUUUAUUUGUUUUUUGAUUCCAAGAAGCUAAAAUACUUUAUUGCUUCUAUUUUCAUCGUAUGGUUUACUUGGCUGCCCAAAAAUGGCAUUCCUUUUAAAAAUCUUGAAAAAUAUGUUGCUCACUAGUAUAGAACAUGAAGCCUCUUCUUUACUUAAACUUGGGCACAAAUUGGCAUAACAUCAGUUUUACCAUGAAAGUAGGCUGUUAAUUGAAGAAAUACUGCAUGAUAAUAGAUCACAUAGGAUAUUCUUUGCCAACAUUGAUUUUUAUGUUAUCUACAUUGCCCUCUGGCAAAAAUGUUUUAUAUGUGAUUUAAUUUGUUUGACAUUUUCUUGGUUAGAACUCAAUCGUACAAAUUAUUCUCAUUAAUUUGAUUAUAUUUCAACUCUGAAACUGACAAAAAUUUUAAAAUGUACUGUUUUGUAUUUGAAAUUAGGGUGACAUUUUUUCACAUGCGAUUAUGGAAAGGUGCUCGAUUUACACAGAAUUUCAUUCGAUGAUAAACUGUGGGAAGUGUGGAGUAUAUGUAUUUAAGAAUUAGCAAGCCUAUAUCAAGAGUACUGAGGUCCUAAUGCCUACCAUUUCUACUGCAGUUCAGAAAGAGGUUUGUUUGUAAAUUCAGUAAUCUGGGCUGAAAAGAAUUAAGCAUCUGCUUGUCAGUGAAGUAUUUCUCUUUCAUGGACCCUAUACUACUCUGAUAUAGAAUUAUGCAUUUUGUUUAAAGAACACAAGAACCUAAUUGUGUUAAAUAACUUUGAUGUCCAGUUCAUAGCAAAUCAAAUAAUUUUCAUUUUUCUUAAUGAUGAACAAUUCUUUCCCAUCCAUCUCUCCUUCCCUCAAUUUUUAAUGUCUAUUGUUUUAUCAUUACUUAGCAUUAUUAUGCACUGUUUUGGAAUAGCUUAGAACAAACUUAAUUUCUUUUUGCAAGUUGAAAAGCUUUAAAGGAAACAAUCCAUUAUCAGAUGAAGAUUUGGAGGCUUUCCCCUCGUUUUUUUUCCUCCUCCUAUCCCUAUGUACUGUAGCAUUUGCUGACUUUGUCAGUCAGAUAUGUUUAUGUAAACUUGCAUCCUCAUUUUUUUUCUUUGCUUUUGGAGAAUAAGAACUUCAAAGAUUUUACCCAGAAAAGACAUCCAUGCUAUUAUUAUGGCUUUUACUUGGAGAGAGGGAAAAAGGGUUAUUUCAUUUUUAUGAGAUUAAAAUUGUUGGGAAGAAGCCUCUUUAAUUUUCUUUACUUUAAAAUUUAUUUCACUUAAUGGAGUAGAUUUUAGUAAUUCAAAUGUUCACAUUAGUGAUUUGAAUUAAGAAUGAUAAGAAGUUUUUGAACUCAUGCAAGAUACUGUUAUGGUCUAUUGUUUUCUUCCCGGGGAACUGAUUUUUAAACAUCACAUUUAGAUUGAUGCAAAAGACCCGGUUCUAAAUUUCUGUUGAUGAUGGGAAUUAUUAGAGAGAUAAUGCAAAAAAAUUCUUUAGAAAAAUAUUGACAAUGCCUUCCUCUUAAAGAAACAUUUAUUCAUGCUAUUAUAUAUAUGCCAGUUUAUCAGGCCCCACUUAGCAGAAAUGCCCGGUAACUUUUAGACCACCCUAUAUUUCAAUUUGGUCACAUGGAAUAAUUUUGGACAUAGUCUGAAGCCUGCAUUUUGAAACGAUUUCAUAUUUACUGUGUUUGAGAUCUGGUCAUUGAAUUCUGAAUUAAGCUUGGUUUUUUUUUUUGGCUUAGUUUACACCCAAGUGUUUUUAUAAUCGUCUUUUAUGUUUUUGGAAUACAAAUAGUAAUAGUGUUCUAAUUCAUAUUGCCACUUCUUGAUAUGCUUUCACAUGUGUCCUUAAUAUAAAAUAAUAUUUUAAAGUAGUUUUAUCCCUAAAGCUGACCUAAUUGAAAUUACUGUAAACUGUCCUCAAAAUUAAAAGAAAAAACACGUGCCAAGAAAUUAAUAUAUAAUCAUAAACAUAAUGGAGAUUGAAGUGCAUUGCAGCUGUUCAGUCAUUGCAGGUCGAUAUAGUACAAUCUAACUGGAAGAUUGUGUCUGUUGUGUUAAAGGAGGUUGGUUGAAAAAGACAAAGCCAUCAGUCACCUAGUUAUUGGGUUUACAUGAUGCAGUUUGACUGGUUCCCCCCCGCCCCCAACUGACUGGCUUUUGGAGAACUGUAUCAAAUGAUAGCUUGUGUUUCACGUAGGCAUAACCCAAAUCUAUGCUGACAAAAUCUUUGCUUAUGAAAAGGAAGUAAAAAGGAAAGUUCUGUCAAUUUUUGCUAAUAAUAAUAGAUGAGGAAAAUAAAUCUUCAUAAAACGUGUUAAAUGACAAAAGCUAUGUUCAUGCUUCCAGUACACUACUCUGUAAAAUCAAUAAUAACAGGAUACUAUUGAAAGUACUUGAAGAUGUUUUAAAAAACAAACAAACCACAAAGGAAAAAUUGUUCUCAUUCAACUUGGUGCAAUACUCUUAAAGUUUGGAAGGCAAACCUUUAGGUUAGGAAAUGACUAUAGAAUGAAAAAUAAUUUUUAAAUCUAAAAUGUCUGAACCAGCUAUUUAGAUCAGCCAUCUUGGUCUUAAAGGAAACAAUGUGCCAAAAGGCUAAAUUAUUGGAAUAUGAUGAAUAACAAAUUACACAUUAAACAUUACUUUAUAAUUGCUGAGCCAGUAUUAUUAAAACAGGAUGGAAAUUAGUGAAGUCUUAAGUAGGGAAUGAAUAUGCAAUGUCUCGAAUUUUGCUGGUGCCACAAAAGUCUAAAUAUUUUUCUUAAGAUCACUGCUUUCAGAAAUGCCAAUUUUAAGAUAUUGUAUAUUUCAUAGUUUUCAUGAUAAGAGAUAUUACUUUAUGACUGAUUCAGAAGAAUAAUUUUUAUUUUAAUCCUAACUGCAUUUCAUAGUAUGUGAAUUAUGAAUUUGAAAAUGGAAUCACACUACCAGCAAUAGAUAGUAUUGUUGAAUACACUAAUAAGGAACAAUCCCCCUGUUCCAGGAAUAACUUUUAAAUCCUAAACUAAAAUUAUUGGUACGGUAGUAAUCGCAAAUUUGGUUUCUUUUAAUACUUUUUUAAUCCUGUAAAGAAUGUUUUUUAUAAACAUCCUUUUUAUUAAUAGUUAAUCAUAACAUGGAAAAUGUUGUGUAGUUGCUGUAUCUGAAAAGUGUUCCAUACUCUAUACCCACAGAUCAUGAAAAAUUCUUAUAGAAUUUUGUAUUAAGUAUACAUGUUGGGUUAAAGAAAUUUUAUAGUGGUGAUGGAGUGCCAUGAAAUUAAUACUUGCAAUCCAGAUUGCUGUAGUUUACACUUUUCUGUAUGUCAAACCAGGUGUGUACCAUUUGUACUGAGCACACCACAGAAUGAGAAUUAUCCAAAGUCCAUUGAUUUUAAUAUGUGUUUUGGUUUGUAAACAAAAUUAUAGUAAUUUCUUGCACAUUUUUGGAAAAUAAUUGUAUAAAAACUUAUGUAUCUGCUUCUAGAUACAAUAUGUAAAUAAAAAUUUCAUUCACAAAGUAA